AUGGAGGUGGCGCGCGAAGCUGCAUCUGCACCUCGUUCCUUAAGAAGACCUGCCGCCGCUGAGGCAUCAAGCGCUGGCCACACCGACAAAUCCGGGUCACUGAACCGGACGAUUCAAAUGCUAGAGCAGGUCGAUGUCGACCAACCCCAACAGGCAAGGCCCGGUAUGCGACUCAGAUCGAAGAGCGUCAAGAGAAACAGCGCGCUGGGAAUCACAGCCUGUGAUUGA